AUGACGCAGUCUAUUGUCUGUGUUUUGGACAUCCACCUCAGUGUGGAGAAAGGUCAUGCUGGCGGGAAGAAACACAGUGGCCCCUGUGGAGGAAGAGACUGCAGCGGAGGCUGUAAAUGUUUCCCAGAGAAGGGUGCCAGGGGUCACCCUGGGCCUCAUGGUCCUCAGGGCUUACAGGGCCCUUUUGGGAGACCAGGUGAUCCAGGCAUCCAGGGACCAAAGGGGCAGAAAGGUGACCAUGGCCGUGGCGGCAUUAUAGGUCUUAAAGGAAAUCAGGGGAUGACUGGAGUUCCUGGUUUUUCUGGAAAUGACGGCAUUCCUGGCCACCCCGGACAAGCUGGGCCCAGGGGCAAGCCAGGUGCAGAUGGCUGUAAUGGGACACAGGGAGAAUCAGGCUUCCCGGGGCAACCGGGCUAUAAUGGCGCACCUGGUUUUCCUGGAAAUCCAGGCAGAAAGGGAGCGAAGGGAGACUCUCUGGAGCUGAGUGUGUACAUGGAGCGUUUCAGGGGAGAUCUAGGCACACCAGGGUUCAACGGAAUAAUAGGACCCCCAGGAAACCGAGGAUGGGAGGGUAACACAGGCGCCCCAGGACCAAAGGGUCCCCCAGGGCCUCCAGGUCCCCGCGGACCUAAGGGCGCUAUGACCAAAGUUAUUAAGGGAGUCAAAGGACAACAAGGGGACAUUGGACCUCCAGGGCCACAGGGAAACUCUACUCAUCAGCAAACUAAGCCCCGCGACGGACCCCCGGGACCUCCCGGAGAAAAAGGUCCAAAAGGAGAAACAGGAGAGCCGGCCGACAACAAAGGAGAAACUGGUGUGAUGGGAUUCCCUGGACCGCGGGGUACAUCUGGUGCAGAUGGGAGACCUGGACCAAGGGGGGAUUUUGGUGAACUAGGACCAACAGGCAGAGAUGGUCCUAAGGGAGUCAGAGGUGACCCUGGAGAUCUGAUUUCAUCACAAUCCCCUUGGCCUUGGUCUUCAGAAGCUGGUCCUUCCGGUCCUCUUGGUGAGCAGGGUCCGCAAGGAGAGAGAGGCCCUGUUGGAGACCAAGGUUUUCCUGGACCCCCGGGACGCCCCGCCUCUGAACAACAACUAGUGUUUGAUUUCACUGGGCCAUUUGGUGUAAAGGGGGAGCAAGGAGAGAAGGGCCAACAAGGGGAACCAGGACGCCCUGCUGUCAGUGCAGGACCCCCAGGCUCAAGUGGGCGCCCAGGGGCCAGGGGCCCUCCAGGGCCCAAAGGAACAUGGGCUGAGUACUUCAAGGGGGCUCCCGGUGGCAGUGGAAGGCCUGGCAGUGCAGGCUCUAAAGGAGUGAAAGGUGAUCAUGGUGAAUGUGAAUGCACCGUUACCAACUCUCCUCGGGGACCACCUGGCCCUGCUGGUGACCUUGGUGAUGCUGGGAUGAGAGGAGAGUUUGGUCAGGAGGGUGAUGUAGGAGACCCAGGUCCCAAAGGAGAAGAAGGCUUACCUGGAUUCCCUGGACUUAGUGGUGUGCCAGGCCAAAAAGGUCAAAAAGGGGACACGACUGUGGCCACACAGAAAGGACAUUCUGGAGACCCAGGAGAUCCCGGGCGAGAUGCCGAGCCAGGAGCACCGGGUGCUCCAGGCCCAAGUGGUUUGUCUGGUUCCCCUGGGAUUCAAGGUUCUCCAGGAGAAAGUCCCAGAGGAGAACCUGGAGACAAAGGUUACCCAGGUGCCCCUGGUCGACCCGGUGCAGCAGGACUAAGGGGAGAAUCAGGUGCAGUCGUUGUGGGCCUUAAAGGUCAACGUGGUUUACCUGGUGAUGAUGGCCUUCCAGGCUAUCCUGGAGUUCAAGGAACACCUGGCAGCCCAGGCGGCUGUAGUCCAGCAGGAGAUGGAGGACAGGUGGAUGUAACAGGUCCUUGCAAUGCUAUUCCAGGACCUCCUGGACCGCCUGGACUUCCGGGAGCCAGUGGAUCACCAGGUUUACCAGGCCCUAUAGGCCAAAGAGGACCACAGGGUCCACUUGGGCCACAGGGAGAGAAAGGAGAAACAGGAGAUCAAGGCAAAGGUGGCCCUCCAGGACCACCAGGGUUUUCUGGCCCACGCGGAGACUUGGGGGUUCCUGGACACAAAGGUUUAGUAGGAGAUCCUGGGGUGCCUGGUCUGCCUGGCCGGUACGGGGCACAAGGUGAGAAGGGUGUUCAUGGAGAAAUCUUUGGAGCAUCGCCAGGACCACCCGGUGACCCGGGGCUGCCUGGGCUUCGAGGGAAUAGAGGCCACACUGGUGAUCAAGGAGAACCAGGCUAUCCAGGAAUGGUUGGCAUGCCUGGUAUGAUCGGCUUCAAGGGUGAGAGUGGUCCUUCAGGCCUGCAGGGGGAGGAAGGGAGGCCUGGGCCAGCGGGAAAAUAUGGCUACCCCGGUGACCCUGGGAGAGCAGGUUCAACCGGGCCGCGUGGUGCGACUGGACAGCCAGGUUUAACUGGAGAGAGGGGAACUGAAGGAGACCCAGGCCCUCCAGGUCCAAUAGGAUUAAAAGGCAACCCAGGGACAUACGGUAAUGAUGGUGCUGUUGGAGAGCGUGGCCCAACAGGUGACCCAGGACAACCUGGUGGAGAUGGACGGCCAGGACUUUCAGGAAUGAAGGGAAACAAAGGGUCUUCUGGCAUGGCAGGUUUUGAGGGGAAAAGGGGUGAUUCAGGGGUGAAGGGCUUCAGCGGGCAUAGAGGAGAACCUGGAUUGCCAGGCUAUGCUGGCCAAAAAGGAGUGAUAGGUCAAAGUGGAGAGAAAGGUGAUCGUGGGUUGAGAGGUCCACCUGGGGAAAAGCCUCAUAUCCCUGCCCAGGUGAUUGAUGACAUGAAGGGAACCAAGGGAGAGAGUGGGAAUCCUGGAAAUAAAGGCUUCACCGGGCCGAGAGGUUUUAAGGGUUUCCCUGGUGUGCCAGGCUCCGAGGGAACUCAUGGUCUUCCUGGAGAGCCCAGCACUGAGAAAGGCUACCAUGGAGAUCCAGGAGCACAGGGGCUGCCGGGGAUAAAAGGAAUGCCAGGCCUAACUGGAAAUCGAGGAAUUACUGGUUUUCAGGGAAUGCCUGGCAUCAAGGGAACUAAAGGAAGUCCUGGAGCCUACGGCGCAUCAGGAGAGCAAGGAAGGACGGGAGGCAAAGGUGAGAAAGGCCCUCGUAUAGACCUUCCAGGAUCUCCCGGAUUGAGAGGAGAGGAUGGUUUACCAGGAGAAUCAGGCCAGAAAGGAUUAUUUGGACAUACUGGGGACAGGGGUAAUCCUGGUUUUGAUGGUAUCGAAGGGAAAAAGGGACAGCCAGGUGAACCAGGAACAUUAGGACACCCAGGUUCAGAUGGGCAGCAGGGAACUCCUGGUAACCAAGGUCAAAAAGGCUUUCCUGGAAUUCCUGGAAAAGAAGGACAUCCAGGCUUUCCGGGCUUCCCUGGAAGCAAAGGCUUCCCGGGCCUGAAGGGUCUUUAUGGAUUACAUGGACUGAAAGGAUCAAAGGGUAUCCCCGGACCACCAGGUCUGGAUACCACUGGGCCAGCUGGGGAACCAGGAGCCAAAGGAGAGAAGGGACAGAGCGGUGACCUCAACAACCAACCAGGUUUUCCUGGCACAGAGGGUUUGAAAGGCUUCCAGGGACCUCAAGGUGACCCUGGUCACCCCGGACCACCAGGAUUCCGCGGUCUCGUAGGCCCAGACGGUAACCCAGACAGACCAGGACCCAGGGGGGACCCUGGCUUUAAAGGACCUAAAGGGUACCAAGGUUUCCCUGGAAGCAGAGGUUUUCCUGGUGUGGACGCCCCCCCUGGAGAAAAGGGUAUACCAGGAUUAAAUGGGUUUCCUGGAUUCCCUGGUAGGAAAGGAUUCAGAGGAGAUCAAGGUCAAUUUGGAUACAGGGGGCCGGCUGGUGUUUCUGGGAAGAAAGGAGUAAAAGGAGAGCAAGGAAUGAUGGGAGUUCCUGGUAUGACUGGUGUGAAGGGGGAAAGAGGGCCACGUGGUCCAAAAGGAGACACUGGACCCCCAGGCGUCCGUGGGCUGGAUGGCAACCAGGGUCCUCCUCCAGUUCCCCGCAGAAUUCCAGGAGAGAGAGGCCCUCCAGGACCGCAGGGUAUCCAAGGACCAAAGGGGGUCAGAGGGGGACCAGGGCCACAAGGCCCACCAGGGGAUCCAGGUUUCAUGGGACCCAUUGGGCUGAAGGGCAUGCCUGGGGUUGGCGGUAGACCAGGAGUGCCUGGAUUUCGUGGAGAGGUUGGACAAAUGGGCCAUCCCGGUCUACAAGGCAUGGAAGGUCAUCGCGGCAACGCUGGUAUCCCUGGGUUACCUGGUAUGCCUGGCCGCAGCGUCAGCGUGGGUUACUUGUUGGUGAAACACAGCCAAUCAGAGCAGACGCCCAUGUGUCCUGUGGGCAUGUCAAAACUGUGGGACGGCUACAGUCUGCUGUACUUCGAGGGCCAGGAAAAGGCCCACAACCAGGAUCUUGGUUUGGCUGGCUCCUGCCUCCCGCGGUUCAACACCAUGCCCUUCUUGUACUGCAAUCCUGGAGACAUUUGUUACUAUGCAAGUAGAAAUGAUAAGUCCUACUGGUUGUCAACUACUGCUCCUCUUCCUAUGAUGCCCGUAGAAGAGAGAGAGAUCAAACCGUAUAUCAGCCGCUGCUCAGUAUGCGAAGCUCCAUCAGUUGCUAUCGCAGUCCACAGUCAGGACAUCACCAUCCCACAGUGUCCUGUGGGCUGGCGCAGCAUGUGGAUCGGCUACUCCUAUCUCAUGCACACAGCGGCAGGAAAUGAAGGCGGUGGUCAGUCCUUGUCAUCGCCUGGCUCCUGCCUGGAGGACUUCCGCACAACACCAUUCAUUGAGUGUAACGGAGCCAAAGGCACAUGCCACUACUUUGCUAACAAGCACAGCUUCUGGCUAACCUCUAUAGACCAGUCUUUCCACACUGAGCCGUCAUCAGAGACGCUCAAAGCAGGCCAGCUCCUGUCACGCAUCAGCCGCUGCCAGGUCUGCAUGAAGAACUUGUGAAAGAGUCUACAUUAGCGCUGAAAGUUGUUCCAUUGACAGUGGUCUAACGUUGUCUCUCUAGCCAUGUACUAAACCAAACAAAAGGACUAGACCAAUGUCGAUGGGGAAAACUUUCUCGCUGAGCCACAGAGGUCACAUAUGCAAUGACUGUGAUGCUUUGAGUGAAACGUCCCACUGUAGAUAAAACAGGAGAGAUCCAUAAUGAGGUAAACAGCAUUAUGGGAAAACAAGUAUUUUUGUGUUAAAUGUGGGUUGGUGCUUACUGUUUAACUUAUUACCUCAGCUACUAUGACUCAAUGUUAACGAUCAGAGACCGUACACUACAGCUGAACCAAAGAUGCCCUUGUGUUCGCACUGCUUCAGUUUAUCUAGACGUUUUUAUUGUUUAGGGUGUACAGCCCACCAAAAAGCCACUAACACUGCUUCUCAGCCAACUGAAGAAUGCGUCUGUUGGCUCAUUCUAUUGACAGUAUUAUCCUGCUUUUAUUCCAUUGCUCUUACAAACCCUAUUUUUAUAAUAUCACAGUGUUUCAAGCCGUUAAUCUGUUUUAUGCAUUUAUCAACUAUUGCAAAAUUGUCUGUAACUCUUUAUUUUUCAUUCACACAGUGCACUGAUUCCCUUAGUAUUUAUAGCAGCUGAAUGAACUUGACCCCCCUUCCCUUAGAGUUUAAAUAUAUAUAUAUAUAUAUCUCUCUAUCAUAUAAUACUACUCAUGUCACAUUAAUAUUCCUUUACAAAUCUGCUAAUUAUUGAACUGCCCCAAACUACCAACAGGACAGAAUGUAAACAGCUUGGAUCAAAGGUCUGAGUGCAGCAAAUCCUUGCUGUGGUCACUAAUCUGAUCCUGAGUUAGAUUAGUUGUUUUUUUAACAGAAUUGAGAAAGUAGGUCAAAUGUUCUACUUUACCUAUACACACUUUAGAAAUAAACAUUUCCAUGAACCAACAUUUGUUUAACUGUAAUGUAAUUAUUGUAAAUUUCAUAACAUGAUGAUUUCAUUGGAUUGCAAAUAUAAAAUGUUGUUUUGUUAUACUUCUGUCAUUUUACUCUCAAUCUUAUCUUAAUCUGACAGACCAGAUGGACUGCAAAAUGAAAAAACUUUAUUAUGACUGCGUAUUAAAAAUUUACAUGGUAUUGACUCAUUGAAAAGUUCCAAAUGUGCUGAUACAAUAUAAACAAUGCUAGUAAAAGGAGCAUAAAACAAAAUAAGUGGUUUGUGUAAAAACAAAACAGAAAACACCUAUAAUAAACACAGUGCAAUGUGCCAACCACCCAA